AUGAUUCGUCGCUGACAGUCUAGUCUCGAGUUACCGAAGUACUGAGUUUAUCCGGGACCGCUUAAUCGCUGAGAAUUCCGCCGAAACUAGUGGAAAUUGAAUCGACUCCCGACCCGGCCGUCGAAACGACUUCGGAACUUGACCCUGCUUCGCUCGAAACGACUCCGCUACAACCGCUGCUUCCGACGGGAUCCCGAGUGCCGCAGACCCCACUAAAAUGACCCGAAAUGACUCCUGGACCCGGCCCGCUAUGUCCGAAAUGUCUCCGACGUAACCCCGAGUACCACACUGCAAAUAUCAGAUUGCAUGCCACUGUAUCGAUUACCAAGCCACCUCCGGAUCGGCUCACACCACCAACUUCUCGGCUAAGCAAUCAGGUCAGUGAAAAGUACGAGCAUCAGGUCCGAUGUGCGAACUGGGCUGCAGGCAUCUCCGACAAACUCGCCCCCCGAAAUUUGCCCGCUGCACCAACUUGUGCAGCUUAUUUGCGGCGCACUACUCAGCAAGAAGAAAUCAGAGUUGAUUUCAUUGUGAGUCGUCAUCUGUAAAUGGCAGACGUCGAGCUCAAGGGAGCUUCCGUCAAGAUCUACGACGGCAAGGUCGCGAGUCGGGCAACUUUGUGA